AUGGUUGGGAUGCUUAAACUCCCCCUGGUUCUAGCCACUCUGUGGUUCUGGCAGGUUUUAGCAGCACCAGCCUCGCCUGAAUUCGAAGACCUCGUCCCUGUGCCCCGAGAUGUAUGGGACCAAUCCCUCAUGAGAACGGCAGACAAUGGAGCCUCCGUCGGUCUGGCAGACCACGAGAAGUUUGUCUGGGCUUCUAGUGAUAAACCCGGUGAAAAGGCAGUAGUCGUCAGCAUGGUUGCAUACUCCAAGCAAGAUGAAAAGAUUCUGGAUAUGGACAAGUUCUCCUUUGCGCUAGACACUGCCAGUUGCAAUGCAGAAGAGUUCUUCCUCCACUUCAAGCACCCGCUUAUCUACCAAGCGGCGAAGAUUGCAUGGGGCUGGGUUAACUACAACGAGCUCCGUUCGUUUGUUAUCGUCCCUAGCUGGAAGGGAUGCGGCGAUGACCGUUCUCAUGACCCCUGGGUUGUGAGGAAGGUCGAGUUCGACGACAAAACCCACAAGGUCAUUCUCGAUGCCUCCGAGAGCAACUGGAAGAAGGUGAUGAAUACCUUUGUGCUUGACUUUGGAGAGAUGGUCCUGGGAAAUAAUAAAAAGCGCGAUAUCAUCCCGGAUCUGGACAAGAAGUUUACGCUGGAUGUCAGCUCGAGCUUCCCCGAGGAGAUCUUCAGCUGGGAGGUUGAUACUGGGGUUCUCAACGCCACGUUGCAGGCGAACUGUGAUGACUGCGGCACCGAGGGCUCGCUUGUUUUUGCCGGCCACGUUGAAGCCAGUCUAGGCUGGACAGGGAUUGACAUUGACAAGUUCGAGCUCUCAGUCAAGCCGCAGGGCGUCAAGGCCCAUGUCGGAGUGAGUCUGGAGUUUCAGGGGGAAGUUGAUUUCCGGGACUUUGUCCAGCCAUCACAAGAGCUCAACCUGCUUGAUAUUCCUGUCUCUGGCUGGAGAAUUCCAAAGGUCUUCCAGUUUGGACCGCACGUUGAGAUCAACGCUGGCUAUGUCAUUGACUAUAUCGGCGGCUCUGCUGUAUUCUCGACCGGCAUCACAGCAAGUAUCCCGGAUACAGCAAUUGCAAAGCUGGAUCUCAAAGCAGAAGACUCGGUCCAGGUUUCUGGAUGGACUCCUGAGAUUGAGACAGAUCCGUUAGAAUUGCGAGCGGAGAUCGACGCGCAGACCCGGCUGUAUACCGAGAUUGCUCUCUCGGUCAGCAUCACCAUUCUGGAUGACAACGGCUUCGGCGUCGAUUUGGCACUCAAAGUCCCCCAGCUGACGGUCACAACAUCUGGUGGCGUUGACCUAAACGGCUUCUGCGCACCAGGCGAAGACGUAUUUGGUGUCAAAAUAGAUUCCACCGUUGGUGCCAACCUCGCCCUCGAGGGCUGGGCAGAGGUCGACGGUGACCGCAAUACCCUCGCCCAAGUCACCCUCGUAGACGCCCCAGACCUCUUCACCUUCCCUCAAGUAUGUCUCGCUUUCGGCGAGCUUUCAGAGGGCUACUGCUUAGCCGAGGGAGACGCCGAAGAGGAAGAAGACAGUACCGGUAACAACAACAAGAAGAAGAAGAAGCGUGGCGCUCUCCCUAGAGCCACUCUCCCAGAACCUUCAAAAGAGCCUGGACCGGCCCAUCACGACUUAGACCGUCGCCAGAGUGAAGACAGAAGCCGCCCUUACCAGCUCUACUGCGACAAGAAAGGAGAGUUCACGUUCCGCAAACUGAGAUACCCCGGCCCUGCGAGUAUCCGGGACGACACCGAUGUGCCCAUCAUCAAGCCCGACGUGGAAUGCGCGGACUCGAACGACUGCGUGCCGGACACCGGCAUCACCGUCAUCAAGGACAAUAUGCAAGACCGUGCAGUUGUUCGGAAAGAUAAUGGUGAUAAGAACGUGCCGCGCAUGUGGGCUACGGAACAUAUCUACGAGGCAGUCUGGAUCAGGGACUUCCUCGACUACGUGCAUGAGAAGCGCACCGGUGGUGAUGUAGACCAGGAGUGCCAUGCGGACGUGAAAAAGUUCUUCGACGACAAAAUCAAACCUACUAAGGUUCCGGUGCCAGAAAGCGCAAACCCGCCAAAGACAUACAAGGAGUCGCUGUUGCAGAAUCUGGGAACGAAUAAUACGUACAAGGAGCGCAUGGUGCUGCUUCCGAUGAAGCAGAAUAAUCAUAAACACCAUAUGUUCUCGAAAAAAGAGUUGGUAGGCUACUUCAAAAACCCAAACAGCGAAAGGCCAAAAAGACCAAACGACCAUUUCCGGCGGACUUGCGAUAUUGCCCGGAUCGUGACGGCGUGCAGGUACUUCGAUAACGGCGAGGUGCGGGAAAGGCUGAAUAACACUCUUGUUGCGCUGGAAGAUGUGCUGGGCGCAAUGGACCAGGAUCCAAAUACCAAGGUCGAAGGCUUCUCGUUUGCAGAUGCCCACAGGGAAUGGUAUGACCAGAUGUUUAAAAACGGCAUUGACUUCACGAGGGAGAAACUGGAGGAGUAUGCUACGUUUAUGAUUGCAGAUGGGGCUGCAAUGGACCAGCUCUCUGCUACCGCAAAGACCCAGAUCGAGGGUCUUGCGGACGGGAGUAAGCUGGAGGAGUACUGUCCUGGCACUGCAAGGAAGGACUGGUAA